AAAACAGGUGCCUUGUCUUGCGACAUGGUGUUCUACAGGUUGCUCUCAUCAACGACGCUGGUUUUCAUUGCCACAUGGUGUCUUCUGCGCCCGCGUGCCCUUCUUCAGGUUGCUUCCCCACCCGGUAAAAAUUAAAAACGAAGUUCUUGCUUCUCGCUCGUAAUUUUCUCCAGAAUCGAUUGCCUCCAUCAAAACUCAGCAGAGAAAGAGGGGACCGAGAGAGAAGAAAGAGACGAACAGUUGGAGAGAGACGGCACUGCAGUUGUCUCGCCGGAGGAGCUCGCCGAAGAAGAUUGAUGGUGGCUCUUUGUCGAAGCGAUGGAGUACUUGUCGAAGGGAGGACUCUUCAAUAGUUCGAUUCUUCGUUGACAGAAGCACGAACGAAAGGGCAUUCUGCCCUGUUAUGCGGUUUCUUUCAUUUUUUCCUAAGAAGGCGCGCCUCAGAAACGCCUUUAGAAACACGCGUACGCAUUUCAGGACUUUCGCCUUUUGAGCUACGGCUUAGUGUGUUUUUUGCCCCAGAACGCCUCGAGGCGCGCCCCAGAAACGCUUUUAGAAACACUGCUUAUCACACCAAUGGAUGCUCAAGCAAGAAAGAAAGCCUUGUUUCGUGCUAAACUGAAAGAGCUUGAGCAGAAGCAGGACAAGCGCAUAAAUUCUCCCCUUGUAAGGUACAAUGAAUUUGAUCAACCUGUCUGCAGAGUUUGUGACAUUGUUUUGAAAUCUGAAUCUUUCUGGCAGGCUCACCAAGUUUCUCGUAAGCAUCAUGAGGCAAUUAAAAAUAUCAAAUCUGAUGCUGCUGGAAAAACUCAGGUUAAACAUGUAGAACCUGAAUCUGCCGCAGGGUUGCCUAAAUCUAAACUGAAAUCUGAACACUCUGCGGAGUUUCGUGAUGCUAAAUCUGAACCGUCUGGAGAAUUCCGUAAAGCUCGCUCAUCAUCUGAGCUUCCUGCUGAUUUUUUUGAUAACCGAGACAGGAAGAAGCCAAAAAUAGGAAUGAAUGCAAUCAAGUUUUCAGAUCCUGAUAUAUCCAAAAAAACAGGAUAUCUGGCUCAAAAUCAAGGAACGGAGCUGGUUGACUCAGAGAAGAACAAAGAUGGAUUCUUUAGUGAUGAUAUUGUGCAGACAAAAAACAUUGAUAGUCAGCGCAAAGAAAACAAGCAAGUGAAGGGAAUUCUCCCUGAAGGGUUCUUUGACAACAAGGAUGCUGAUCUACGUGCACGUGGUAUUGAGCCUGUGAAGCCAGAUGUCAAGGAUGAAUACAAGGAGUUUGAGAAGUUAAUCCAGGAGGACUUGCAGGAGGUGGAUGACCGUUUGGAAGAAGAAGAGUUUGAUGCUGCUGAAACGAUAGAAGAGGCUGAGUCUUUGGAGCAGAAGGUCUAUCGGGAGAAAGUUGAAAUCUUAAGGAAAAAGAAAAUGGAGCUAAAGGCUUGUAGGUCUGCCACACUCGGCAGAGGUCCUGAGGUCAAUAAAGAGUCCAAAACUGAAGAGUCAUCAAGCGAUGAUGAUAGCGAUGAGAAUUUCAUAGUUGAUUGGCGAGCUAAACAUUUGUGAAUGAACUUUGUGAAGAUGUUGCAGUGUUGUGAGUUCACAUGCAAAUGCCCAUCCAUCGCCAUUUAUGGAGGUCAGUGCAUUGAGUUUGUGCGCAUGAAUAUUGAUAACCGGGCAGUUUACUUUCAUAUAGCUGGUUUCUGACUUUCUGAUUGGAUGGAGUUGACAGAACAGAUGUGACCUGUGAGAUGGGUACUGGUAUUUGGCCCAUCUACUGUAGAACCAGCCCCAAUUUCCUAUGCUCGAGUCCCUCCACCUCUCAAUAGCCCUUGAGCCAUAGCAGUUCAUUUCCAGUUUUAUGCAUAAUCACAAAUGUAACUGUUAGGAUUGGCUUCUCAAAAAGCUUGUUUAACAGCUAUUGUUUGUCACAUUUUUGUUGAUUUAGAUGAGGUUUCGGUUCAAAUGUUCUCUUUCCUUGGGUUUUACGAGCCUAUUUCCAACAGAAAGCAGGCUAAAAAAUCAUAUCAGAUAUUCUAACAUGCAUAUAUUUUUAUUA